UGUUCGAGAGUACAGUAUGGAGUUCGACUCAUUGGCCCGAUAUGCACCUGCUGUGGUAGCUACUAUGGCUGACAGGAUGCACAGGUAUAUUAUGGGGCUGGACCGUUAUUUUGUCGACAGUUGCUUGGUAUUGGCCGCUCAGCCCGAUAUGGAUAUUGCCCGGAUUCAGGCGCACGCUCAGGGCAUGGAGGACCGGCACAGGGGUCAUCAGCCCGAUAGGAGUCAGGAUCGGAGACAGCCCAAGAGGGCCAGAUCAUCUGGGUAUUUUGAGGAAUUUCGGAGUGGGCAGCCUCAGCAGCAGCAGCAGUCUAGCAGGCAUUCUUCCCAGCCAGCACAGAGCACACCUCCGCAGUUCUCAGGCAGGAGAUUUGAUAGCCCAGGAUAUUUAGGAGCAGGCCAGAGCUCCGGGGUUUCAGGUUCGCGGGUAGACAGGAGUUCCGGUCAGACGAGGCCACCCAAGCCUCAGUGUUCUUAUUGUGGGAGAUACCACCCUGGAGAGUGCUACCGUGCUACAGGUGCUUGUUAUUCUUGUGGCCGUCAGGGCCAUACUGUGAGAGAGUGUCCGUAUAAGGGUAAUUUGGGAGGUGCAGCGCAGCCUACCGGAUCAGUCGCUGGGUCAUCGUCUCCUUCGAUAGCCAUGCGCCCUGCGGGGCAGGGUACGUCGACAUCAGCAGGCCGCGGCAGAGGUAGUGGCGGGGCUCCCAGUUCAAGCGGUCCUUCGAACCGCAUCUAUGCCUUGACUAGUCGACAGGACCCGGAGGCGCUACCAAACGCGGAUACAGGAGCACUUAUUUCUUCAAGUUGACAACUUGUUCAAGUGAAGGAGUUGUAGAAAAAGGUAAGAAUCAAUUUCUUUUUCUUAUGUUAUGAAGGUUUGUUUAUGUUGUGGUAUGUGGAAAUGAGUAGAAAUUAUGGAAAUAAGGAAGUUUGCAAAGUGGGUAUGUAUAUAUAUAUGUAGCCAUGAGUGUAUAUAUGUUGUAUACAUAUAUGAGUUGAAUUUUAUGUUGUAUUAGUUGUGGUUAUGGUGAAAAUUAUAUUGGGAAUGAAAGUUGAAUGAAUUUUGGUUGAAGUUGGAAUGUAGAAGAUUAUGUCACUUUAGAAUGAUUUUGUGAUAUUAUGGAAAUGAAGUUGUUAAGAUGUGAAUUAUGAUUAUGGUUGAUGAAAUUGGAAGAUGGAAAUAUGUUAUGAAUAUGUAGGUUGAAGAUUUGAAGUUUUGGGUGAAUUAUGUUUUGGUGGAAAGUUUGUAUAUUUUGUAUAUCUUGUGAAUAUUUCGUAGAAAUGAUAUGAAAUAUUUCCAAAUUAUAUUGUGAUGAUCUAGAUUAAUGAUGAAUGUGAAACCAUUGAGAUUAGUUUGGAAAUUGAAGUUGAAAUGAAGGUUAUGACAUUAUGUUGGAAAGAUAGCUAGUUAAGUUAUAUUGUGUUUAUAGUGAUUGUUGUUGUUGUUGAUGUUGUUGUUGGGUUGUUGUUGAUUGUUUUGGCCGAGUUAAAUUCUCGGGGAUGCUAUAUGUAUAGGGGAGAUGCUGCCCAAAUUUCUGUAGGCAAUUAUGAAUAAAGAUUGAAUACUUAAAGAUUGGAAAUUGAGAAUUGGUAAAUGUGACCAAUUGCAGAUUUUGGGCGAAACGGGAAUUGAAUUUGGAAAGGCGUAAAGAGCAUAUAAGGUAUGUAAAGCUAUCCCGAUUCUUCUCUUGGCAUGUCCUAGAUGUACUAGGCUUGGAUUUACGCCUCGGGGAAUAUUCUGUCCAUCGGAAUCCGCGUUUGAAAUCGUCGCUUUUUCAUUCAAUAGAAUUGAAUUCCUUAAGUAUGCUUUGAUGAAAAAUUAUGAAAUUUUUUCCCAAAUUGCUUACGAAGUUAUGGAAUGUCCUAGAACCUUUGUAGGUGACCCCAUAAGCUUAAAAAUACGUAAUUUGAGCCCACCGCUUCAUUGGUCCCGAGGUGGGCCCACUAUUUCCAAUUUUACCCUUUAUGUGUCUAUGACUUGUCUUCGAGCGUUUUCGUUAGAGAUACUCUAACUACUCCUUUAUCUACUAAAUAAAAACUAUUUUAAAUAUUUCAUUAAGUCUUAUAAAUUGUUUUGAAUCUUGAAAACGAUCUCGGAUAGAUUAUGCCUCCGUAACCCGUUAUGACAUCUAAAUUUACUUACUAUGUUUCCGUCCGAUUUCAUUGAUUUGAUUUGACAUUCGAUAUGCCUCAUUGAGUCUCUGGAAAUAUAUAUAUGGUAUUUUUAGUGCAUUUAGUUUCUCACUACUCCGUUCGUGGAUGCCUCAAUGUUUCCCCCACUGAGCCCGGGCCAGGAUAUGUUGUCAAGCGUGAUCCUUUGCAUUGUUCGCCGUGCCUCGAUGUGAGGGGGCAGGUAUACGCGUACAUGGGUUUGUGGAGUAUGCUGUGCCAUGUACGCUUGUUCUGAUAUGAUUUGCUAUGGCCAUCUGAUAUGACAUAUU